UUCUACAAAGACUGCCGGACAUUUCCCGUGCGGCGAGGCGCCUCUCCCCUGAGCUGGGCCUGAACUCGGCACCAUCUGUGCCCACCACUGGGCCCGGUGCUGCGCCGUCCUGCUACGGCGCUCGACACAUGCGUGGUGGUCUCCUGUGGCCACGCGUUGCCGGUCGUAGCGACUUCGCUCCGCCAGCCUUCAAUGUUGAGUACGGUUGUACGUACAUAGUGCUGGCGAGAGAAAAUUCAAUUCUUUGUGGUAUCUUUCAAACAAAUGGAUAACAGCGUGUACACCACGUUUGGCUUCUCUAAGGCGCUCCAGGAGAUCUGUCGCCGGACGCUGCUUGAAAGUAACCGACGCUUCUCGGAGCAGGCACGGCUGCGGCCGCUGCCGUACUCGGACGACGAAAUGGCGGAAACGGAAAAGGACAUGGACGCCGAAACUGAAGCAACUGGAGGGAGAAGCCAACCAUUGAGCUCGAACGCACGCGUGACCCUCCGCACCGUGGCCGUGGACACGUUGACAGGACCUUCAAAAAAUUCCUGA